UUUUGAGGUUCUUUGGGUUUUUGGGUUUUUUUUGACGCCGAGUAACUUUCUCUGAGAGGAGCGUUGAAAGUGCCAAAGGAGAAGGUGGAAGGUAAAGGUGCGCUGAAGUGGGACGUGGUCCUCUCUCUUCAUCCCUCAACCUGCCAUCAUGUCUCGGUACCUGAAGCAUUUCACUGCUGUGGGGGACCAGCAUGUGGUCCAUAGCGACGAGGAAGAACUGCAUGUUUCCAGUGAGGAGUUGAGUCCGGCUACGGCACAGCUUCCAGUUACGUUAACAUUUAGGGAUUCAUUCAAGAGGCUCUACAGCUCAGAACGUUUCCAGGUGUUGGUUGUGUGUUUGGUAAUCCUGGAUGCCAUCUUUGUCUUGGCUGAGUUGCUUAUAGAUCUGGCUGUCAUCAAGCUCGAGCAUGGCCACAUUGCUCCAGAGGUUUUUCACUACCUGAGCUUGGCUGUUCUCACCUUCUUCAUGUUGGAGCUGGCUGGGAAGAUGUUUGCAUACCGCUUGGAAUUCUUCCUGCACAAAUUCGAGGUGUUUGAUGGUUUUGUGGUGAUAGUGUCUUUCAUCUUGGACAUUGUCUUCAUCUUCCAUGAGGACGCUUUUGAUGGGAUAGGUCUUCUGAUCCUGCUCCGACUCUGGAGGGUAGCCAGGAUUAUCAACGGAAUCCUAGUGUCAGUGAAGACCCGUGCAGACCAGAAGGUUCACAAGCUGAAGGAAAGCUAUGACCACCUGGUUCAAAGAGUCACUGAGCUACAGGAGCGCAGUGAUAAACUGGCACAAGAGAACGACAACCUGAAAGCCCUCCUCAAGAAGCACGGCAUAGACGUCUAGCUCAACAAGCUCACUGCUGCAGAGCUACUUGUACCCACAUGCUGCAGAACAUUUAAUGGUUUAGUACUAACUGCACUGAGAUUUAAUGUCAUCAUUAUUGUGGUGAUGGAGACAAAUUAAGGGACUGCACUUGCAUCAUGAAUUUCCAGUAUAUACAUGUUAGUGAUUUUCAUGCCAUAAAGCCUAAAGCACCUGUAAAUAAGUGAAAGGCAGAACGAUAACUUGUACAUAAAACUACAUCUUAAUGUGAUUUUGGAGUUCUGUAUGACCUGUUAGAACAAAUUUAAACCAUUGAUUUCAAGAACUGAGAAACGAAUGUGAAACCAUGUAUUAAAUUUUAUUAUAAAAAAGGGAAAA